UUACCAUGAUGAUUGUAUUUGAUGAAUAAAACAAAUUUUUCUCAAUUUAAAAUUAUCGAUAUUUAAUGGGUUGAUUUUUCAGUUUUAAUAUAUUUGUCUUAUUGUCGCUGUAAUUAUUAUACGGAAUAAAAUGAUGAUGGAUCAUCAUCAUUUUUCCACAAUGAAAAUCUAUUCGUCAAGUUGUAUAAUGAGAAAAGUUGUGUCUGCAUUGCCCAUAAUGAUCACAAUGAACAAUAACCGACGACAAACAAUGCCAUUACUAAAUGCAUCGAGAGUUUGGCGCCUGUAAAUUUUUGUCCGGGUUGUUGUUAACAAAACAAUCCAGACGCCUGAAAUUCAUUUGUUGGGAAAAUGCCGUUUUAGACAAGAGACCAAUUCAUCUGAAUGUAGAUUGGUGGGAUAAAGAAUAAAGUGAUGAGAGAGAUUCCUGGCCCCAUUAUGGUUCACAUUCUUUACAUGGACCCAUCGUCACCAUCGUUUUCGUAUAUUAAUGAGAAGAAUUUCUCACUUUAUCUCCAUGUUAUUGGUUUUUUUCUGCUGAUAGUCUAUUCAAUUGGCAAACAAUUUUAUUUAACACAAUUUUCGUAUAUAAUGUCAUCUUGGUACAAUGAUAACUGCUGCAUAAAUGAUCGCACGAUUCAUACGUUUAUUGAUAAAGAAUAAUUGACAAACUUAUUGAAUCAAAAUGAAAUGAAAUGCAGCUACGCCAUUGCCAAGUUUGGCCUAAUAUAAUAAUUUUUUCAAAUUUUCUACUCACUUUCUGUAUAUUGGAGUUUGAGUUUCAACUAUUCGCAUCGAAUGAUAUAAAAAAUGUCAAGUAGCUCCAUGCCAUUUAUUGUUGAGCUCUUGAUUCAUCCGUGUGUUCAUAAAGACUUUAGACAACAAUCUUUGUUAGAAUAUGGAACAUCAUAACUUGUCUAGUUUAAUGACAACGAAAAAUGAUAAGAUUAGAUUUCGUGUACGUCAAAUGACCAACGAAGAUGUUCCCACCGUAUUGGAAAUUUGGGCUAAGAAUAAUCUUCAUGAAGGUACGCAUACCAUACAGUCAUUCAUGAUACAAGAUCCUGAAGGCUUCAUCGUUGCCGAACAAAUUAACGAUUCUGAUGACCUUGAUGGAAAUCCAAGUCAAACAAUCGGAAACGCUUCGAUUAUUGGAAUGUGUGUCGGAAUAUUUGUACAUCCAACCAUAGCUUUCAUUGGAAUGUAUGGUGUUCAACCUGAACUUCAUGGACGUGGCAUCGGUUUAGCGAUGUGGCGAAAAAUGCUAGAUCAUGUUGGCUCAUUGAACGCUGGUCUUUACGCUGUUCCGGAACAUUUAACUAUGUACCGUGAUAGAGCUGGAUUUCAUCAACCCGAUGAUCGUAUGUUGAUUAUCUAUGAAUCCGAUGAGAGUGAUCAGUUGAAUGUGGACAUUUUGGUCCCUUCGAUACCUGAGACUAAAAUUCAACGAAUCACUACCGAAUGGUAUAGCAAAGUGAUUGAUUAUGAUGCACAAGUUCAUGGCUACAUUCGUGCUAAAUUGUUGCCUCAUGUCUUUACGGAAGAAGGUUCGAUAGCAUUCGUAGCAUCUGACACGACUGGUCAACGAAUUUUCGGCUACGGUUGUAUGCGUACGAACAACAUUGGCAAAGCAAUGAUAGGGCCAUUAUAUGCCAACAAUGGUGCCGUAGCUGAGUUAUUGAUGCGGUAUCUGUUUUCCCGAUUGUCCACGCCAUUCGGUAAAGGUCUCUUAUAUAUGACGCUGGAUUCAAAUCAUGGUGGGCAAUUGAUUGCCGAUAAAUUAUGCCUCAAGCAACAAGAGAAGAUUCAACGAUUUUUUCGUUUCCAACCAUAUGAAGGAGCCGAUUGGAAUCGGGUCUAUUGUAUUCACUCCCCCAAUUUUUCUCUACUAUAGCUUGCAAUUUAGGAAUUCAAAUCGUUUGAUUUCCUUUCGAAUAUAACCUUGUUAGCAUCUUCCAAACUUAACAGAUGGAGACACGGAUAACAUACAUGUUAACAAAAAAAAAUUGAAUAUCUUGUUCUUCUGUCCGAUUACCAGUUUUAAGAAUUUCCUUUUAAAAAUUUCGUUUAUAUUUCCCUUAUAGAAAUGAAAAGAAAACAUUCCUAUCUAUAAUCAAAUAGAAUAAAUGAAUGCAGAACAGAAUCAUAAAUAUGAAAAUAUCUAUUCGUUUUCGAAACUAAAUCCUAUGUAUUUUGGAUAUAAUAUCAGAUAUCUCAAACUUUCAGUUACUUUAAUUUCCUACUUGGGAAAACUCUUUGGCAACUAGGGAUUCUGAUCAUAGUUUGGUGUUUAUUUUUUAAAACGACAAAAUAACAUGCUCUUUCUGUUAGAUUGCAUAGAAUUUUAAUUGAAAGCAAGUUAUAACUAACUCUAGAUAGAAGGAUAAAGACCAAUAUUGACGAGCACGAGUUACAUCCAUCCAUGGACAAUGAUUACGAUGAGUAUGUGUGUAUCAAAAAUGGAUAAAAAAAACACGGUAACCAAGGCCAUUAACCAUAUUUGGAACUCUUUUUGAAACUGUAUUGGUACUGUUUAAUUCGUAGUAUGCAUACGAUGGCUUCAAAAUCACCUAUUGUAUAUAAAAGUUUUCAUUGACAACUCCACAAUACCUGUAUACAACAAUACAACGGCAUCAGCAUGAGAUCUAAGUUUGUUGAGCAUUGAGUUACAAGAACAUCCCCGUUCUGAUUCGUCAAAGUGACAAUUUUGUUGUUUGUCUUUCAUCAAGACGUGUUUGGUCGAGUAAAUCAUCGUCGUUAAAUUUAUUUGCGUAAAUGUAUUUGUGCAAACUUCAUU